AUGGGAUGCGUUGGAAAAAAAUAUAAAACCGAGGAUGCUGGUUUAAAGAAGUUUGUUGCAACCAAGUUUUUGGACUAUAAGAUGGUAGACAUCAAGCCUAUCAUUACCCAAGUUCAAGAGCUGCAAGUUAUAAUUCAUGAUCUCCUUGCUGAAGGUUUGGUCAUCAAUGAGGCAUUUCAAGUUGCAGAAAUGACUGAGAAGUUUCCUCCGUUAUGGAGGGACUUUAAGUACUACUUGAAACACAAGUGCAAGGAGAUGAAACUCGAAGAUCUCAUCAUUCGAUUGAGGAUCGAAGAGGACAAUAAAGCUGUAGAAAAGAAGACAUGUGGGAACUCAACAAUUAUGGGAACAAAUAUUGUUGAAACUGCUCCAACUAAUCCGAAGAAGUGGAAGAACUCUUUUGGACCAAACAACUAUUCCAACAAGAAGAAAUUCAAGGAAAAUUGCCACAACUGUGGAAAGGUUGGACACAAAGCUACAGAAUGUCAUGCUCCAAAAAAAGAGAAGACAAAGGGUCAAGCAAAUAUGGUUGAAACAAAUGAUGAUAUUGAUAACUUAGAAGCAUUUGCUUCAUAUGCUCCCGUUGGACCCGACAAGACCACUUUUAUGGGAAAUUCUGCAACAACCAAAAUCAAAGGUUAUGGAAAGAUAUUCCUGAAGAUGACCUUUGGCAAGGUGGUGACUCUAAACAACGUUUGUCAUGUUUCUGAAAUACGGAAGAACUUAGUUUCUAUUUCACUUCUCGUCAAGAACGAGUUUAAGUGUAUUUUGUUUCAGACAAAGUUGUAA